AUGACAAACUACACUAAUGGAAAAGGAGAGCAAUUGGAUUAUAUAUUUGACCAGAGUUGGGUGAAACACCUGACCAUUUAUUUCCUUGCUGUAGUGAUCAUUCUCACUGCGUUUGAGAACGGUCUCGUCCUAUGGGCUAUGAAGCGCUUUGUCGCUCUACGCAAGCCGGCUAACAUGUAUCUUGGUGGCUUGGCGAUUGCCGAUUUCAUUAUGGUCAUCCCAUUGACACUAAAGAUUGUUCAGAUUUUGACUCGAGUCCCAGAAGUGUGCGUUGCCCAAGGGAUCUCGAUGCUUAUCACAGUAUCAUGUGUUAGUCUUCACUUGGCUUGUAUUGCUAUUGAACGCUUUGUGAGCAUCAAAUAUUGUCUUCGCUAUGAGUAUAUUGUUACGAAACCACGGAUUUACGUCUCUAUAGCGGUAAUGUGGACAUUCAGUAUUGUGGCAUCAUUUGUGGUUCCAGUAGCUAUGCACCCUGGACAUUUUCAAAACCUUGCAGAUGGUUUGCUAACAUUAUGUUCUCCCGAACGAAAGCCGCGUAUGAGCGAGCUACCGAAUCAGGUUUUUCACUAUGCUGAGUUCAUGUUGAUAUUCUUCUUUGCUGUACCUUGCGUGAUAAUACUGGUAUCAAAUACGUACAUCUUCGUGGCCUCCUCACGACAAAGGCGAAAGAUCAUUCUUCUUCAAAGAAGCGACGUCUCGAAAUUGCGCGUGAUUGCGAAACGAUUACUGGGAGACUUGAAAGCGGCUCGAAUGCUUUUCUUUAUACAAGCUCUGUUUAUAACCGCUUAUUUCCCAUACUUUGCAGUCACUGUACAUAGAAUUGAACAUAGUCAACACAAUGAACGUUUAUUCUUUCGUGUUUCCAAAAGUUUGUCUUUUCUUACAGCGCUUACGAGCUGUCUGAAUCCUUUAAUAUACGUGUCUUGUAAUGAACAGUUUCGAAAAGCUUUUCGAAAAUUACUUGGGAUACGUAAGAAAGAAAAACGAGAUUCGUCAUCGACUCAACAGAAUGGACAACAUACGUGA